AUGGCGACCCCCUCACCUCCUCCGGCAGUGCCGCGUCCAAAAAAGCGUUCGUUCUCACUCACCUCGGUGGUGUUCUUCUCGAUCCUAUCAUUCCGUAUCGUCAAUGCCCUCACCACCCGUACUUUCUUCCAACCAGAUGAAUACUUUCAGUCGUUGGAGCCGGCGUGGAGAAUGGUGUUUGGCGAAGGGUGGCUUACUUGGGAAUGGCGUAAUCAGCUACGCUCAAUUGCGCACCCUUUGAUCUUUGCAGGUGUCUACAAAGUUGCAGACUUUGUCUCGAAGGUGUUGAAGCUUAGGGGUGAGACGAGGGCUGAGGUACUGGUUGUGGCACCGAAGUUGCUGCAAGCUGUGUUUGCAACACUGGGUGACUACUUUACAGCGAAGCUAGCUGGGAAGUUGUUUGGUGGUGCAGCUGGAUGGACAAGUUUAUGCUUGAGUCUCGGGAGCGCGUUCCAUUAUUUUUGCGCGACAAGGACAUUCUCGAACAGCUUGGAGACUAGUGUGACAGCUAUGGCUCUGUGUUAUUGGCCAUGGGGACUAACUAAGGAGGCACCGAAAACAAAGAUUGGGAGAGCGCUGCAAGGCCAGAUUGAUAGGAAUGACCUGAGAUUGUCGCUUCUAUUGGCAGCGUUUGCGUGUAUUCUGAGGCCUACUAAUGUCCUGAUUUGGACAUGCUUGGGGAGCAUCCUUAUGUACCGCAGUACACCGAGAGAUAGAGCCACAUUGGUUACUGAGGCUGUGACCGUUGGAGUUACUGCCAUUCUUCUUAACGCGAUCGCAGACCACCGUUAUUACGGGGCCUGGACAUUUCCACCGUUGAAGUUCCUGCAGUUUAACCUUUUACAGUCAUUGUCACACUUUUAUGGCACCAAUGACUGGCACUAUUACCUUUCCCAAGGCUUACCUUUACUGCUUACCUCCUGCCUACCUCUUACCCUCUAUGCCCUCUAUAAAUUCCUGCUUACUCCAGAGUCCACCGCCCAACAUUUUGCUGGCAAGCAACUCGCUGCCACUACCGUGAUCGUAACAGCCAUUUACUCUCUCAUCGCACACAAAGAAGUCCGCUUCCUCUACCCACUUCUCCCAAUCAUGCACGUCCUCUCCGCAGCAGCCCUUGAAUCUCUCCCCUGGUCCGCCCGUGCAAAGCGGUUAGCAGUCUGGGCAGUGGUCCUACUCAACCUCCCACUCGCCUACUACGUCACGCAGGCCCACCAGCGUGGUGUUAUUGACGUUGUGGAUUACCUCCGUCACGACGCUAAUAACUGGCGUAGUGCUGGCUUCUUGAUGCCCUGCCACUCAACGCCUUGGAGAGCCAAUAUCCAGGGUGACGGUGAGUUGUGGGCAUUGGGGUGUGAGCCACCUAUUGGCAUGACCGUAGAAGAAAAGAAGACGUAUCUCGAUGAGGCAGAUGAGUUUUAUGCGGAUCCAGCCGUGUGGAUGGCAAUGAACUUUCCUGGCGUGGAGAUGCUGAAAGAGGACGAGAGGGCGGUGAAAGAGGAAGCGAAACACAAGUGGCCCGAGAGGCUAGUGUUCUUCCAGGCGCUCGAGGACACAAUGGUGAAGUAUUUCGAAGGAGUCGAAGGGUAUCAGGAGUGCUGGAGGGGCUUUAAUACUCACUGGCACGAUGAUAGCAGGAGAGUUGGUGACGUGGUGGUGUGGUGCUUGAAGAAAUACGCGUAG